UGGUUCCUUGAGAAGCCUCGGGGUUGGCCGACAUUGAUCAUGAACCAAAUGGGUAAGGGUGCUUCUGAGGAUACAUAGCAGCAUCUAAGACCGAUUAUCCGACUGUCUAAUACAUGUGCGAUUCCGAGCCUCGCACGAAUGAGAAUUUAUUCCGAAUUCAACUUGUGAUGCGCGACAAUGAAGAUUCUAGCUUCAGUACCCGAUGAAGAAGCCCAAGAUUCAGGUAGCCUUCACCCUCAAACUCUAAGGCCGCCUCAAAUGGGCGUGGCCCAGAGGACGAAGCUACCGAAAAAAGGGGCCGUAUGGCUUCCUAGUCCACUGGAUUUGUGGCCCUUGGGGUGUGAACCAUGGCAGUAAUGGAUGAGACGUUCGCAUUGCCCAUUCUAGCAUGAUCAGUUGGGAACCAUGAACGAGGGAUAUUUGCCAUCAUUUUCACAAAAUUCUUGGGUGAUUAGGGUUACCCUUUACACAAAGAAACUAACUUGGAGUCCGAGGAGCUCGCGCUGGCAGCAGCAAUAUUCCAACAUGCUCCUUAGCGUCAGGACUAAAUAUCGGUUUCAACUUGAAUUCACAAAAAUAUUGGAGCUC